CCUGUUAUAAAAUAUACCUUUUACGGUAGCACAUCGCAAACCGAUUUCAACCAAAUUAUUCUUACCAGCAUUAUCUGAGUCAUGUCCGGUUUUAGCCAAUACCGCCAGCGUCCUCUUCUCCCUGCCGUUCAGCCUCAAACCCCAUCCCCUACUCAAAACUUCCUCCCUCGAAACAUUUUCCCUCGACCCUCACGAAACUGCGCCGCGAUUGCUUGCGAGGGCUGUCGAAAACGGAAAACUAGAUGUAACAGAAGUCGACCGCGUUGCACAAGCUGUACCCGAGCCGGCUCAGAGUGUACCUACGCAUCCCCGACCAACGGAAUUGAGCUACGACGGCAGUUUAGACGUCUCCAGACAGAAAGACUGCGUAUCAGAGGCUUAUAGAUACACUGCGCUCAAGAGACCCCCGCGAGGCGAAUCUUAUCCUCGAUCUGCUUCGGCAAAACACAAGCGUGGACGACGUUCUGCGCCAGAUAAAGCACGGAGGUAUGCUAUGCGAGUUGUCUACUGUGCCUGAGACUAG